AGUCACCUAUGGGGAGUCUACACCAAAAAUGAAGGAUGGAAUUGAACCCCAUCGGGUAUGUCAUUGCGUGUGGUAUCUUUGAACUGUAAAGGAUUAAAUUCCCCGAUCAAGAGAUCUAAGCCAGGCAUCCAUAAGGCAUUGGGAUCCUAGAACAUUGUUUAUGCCCGCAUUUGAAAAAGAAUUUGCGGCAGAAGUUGCCACAGCAAUCCAGAUUGACUGUCCUGAAUAGAGCACCAUCCCUUGAGGUGCACACGCUACCGCGUUUCCAUCCAGUGACUACCUUCUGACAGAGGAUGAUGACAAUAAGAAGCCGUGAAUUCUCCAGUCCAUGAAUUGCAGGUUUACAAUGAAUCCUGAUGGAAGGAGGAGUGGGGGACAUGACGGGAGCCCCUCCCUGCGCACCUCCCCUACAUAAGUAGUUGUGAGGAGUCUUGUGCACUCAUAGGAAAGGCUGGAGAACCUGGCACUGACUUGUGGAGUUACCAUCACCUUCCUGGACCCAUAGAGGAAAAGAAGAACCAUCAAUCCUGAUAGUUUGCAUCAUCAUAAAAAGAGGGCUGGACCCCCAAAAAGAGAUCCAGGACAUACAACCUACAGCAAGUCAAACAUCUUUGGGGAGCAGACAAGAUUCCUGUAUCAGAGAAGAUAUUGGCAAUGGGUUUGCUGGUUCUGAUAAUGCUGCUGAGUCUCUCCACACCGCAUGCAACCUGUGCAGACUGUGUGUCCUGGUGCUUCUCCUGUGCCCUACAGAUCCAGGCCGCCAACAUCCACUUCAACCCUCUGGUUUGUUCUUUGCAAUGUGAGGGAUCCCUGACUUCAGUGACAGAGUGGGAUCGAUGUGAGAAGAUCCUGUCUCCUCUAGGAGCUGUACUUGAAAUCUCUAAAAGGGAGCAAGAGAGAGUGCCCACUGCUUUAGACCUCCAGGAGGUGCCCGUCAAGCGUUAUGGAGGAUUUAUUAAAAAACUGGAUAAGAACAAAUUCUUUUUUAACUACCCCAAACGAGAGAGUGGCAUCUACAAUGGAGAAGCCAUAAAGCCCUAUAGUGGUGCCCUGCACAAGUUUGGAGAGAGGGACCUCCUGGAGACACCCAACUCUGAACAGGAAACAGAGGUCAAUGAUGAAUCGGAAGAACAGAACCAGGCUUGGAGCACAAAAGAUGAGAGAAAGCGCUAUGGAGGGUUUCUGCGCAAAUACCCCAAGAGGAGCCUGGAGGAUUUACAGGGCGUGGAGUUAGAUAGAAGGAUGAUCCUAGACCAGGACCUGGGCUCAGAGCAGGGGGUGGAGGAGGUAGAGACAGAGCAGGGUGUGGAGACAGAGCAGGGGGUGGCCGAUCUUCAGAAGCGCUAUGGUGGAUUCAUGCGCAGGAUCCGGCCCAAAUUAAAGUGGGACAAUCAGAAAAGAUACGGAGGAUUCCUUCGGCGCCAAUUCAAGGUCACUACAAGGUCAGAAGAAAAUCCCAACACCUUCUCCGGGGAGUUGUCCAGCCUUUAAGACGUCUUCGUGUCUGCAGUUGGUGGUGGAAAAGUAAAUGCUCAAAAAUCUGAAGGGGGAAAAAAAAUUGAAAAAUAACCCCCCUCUUCAUUCUGUUUGAUUCACCUAUCUGUCCCAUUAUACUAUCUGUCCCAUAGAUCAGUAAUCACAUUGACUGGCUCCAAUGGGGAAAUGAACACACAGAGCCAUCUGUAGGGCACCAGGAGGUACUGCACUCGCUCAUGUCCGAUUACACUGAAUGUAUAGUCUGCUCUUGUCUGUACAGUGCACAAGAUGUAAAUAGCGCAUUACAUUAAAAAUGUUUAAAAACUAAGUGUCUAUGUUGUAGUGUGCGGGAACUUCAAUAGGAAUGCCAGAAAGAGCUACCAGAGUAACAGAAGCAACUAUUUCACAAAUAACUAUAAUAAAAAACCACCAUCAAGUGCAAUGGAGUGGUUGUGUUUACUUAUGAACUAGAAGGUCCCUUUAAGGAAAAAAUGGUGCCAACAGAGGUGAAUUAGUGGGCACAGGUGCAAUGCGAUUUGGUAUGCAGAAGAGCCUGGCAUGAGGCAAGAUUUGGUAAAUCCCAAAGUGCCAGUCAGGGGCUGGAAAAUUAGAUGUUCCAUAUGUCCCUUUCCUUUUCAUCUUCCAUUUAACUGAGCCAACUGGAGUGACGUGAUACACAUCCCAGCAUCCAGCCGCUUCAGAACCUGUAUUCUUCAUAGGCAAUGAUCCCCUGACUGGCUAAUUGCAAUGUUACUGUAAGAAGACGUGGGAAAUAGUUUCCUUUAAGAGGAUGUUUAACUGUCUCUUUAUCUUCUUAUUUGCCAAAAUCAACCAAAAUCAACCAAGCCAGUCCCACACCUAUUUUGCCCCACCAUAUAUAUGGGGAACUCCGCCUUCUUCCGAUGGACAAAUUGGGCUGUAAGGACCCUGCCUUCGGUUUAACAGCUAAACUUUCCACCACCAUCUGUUCGCCUAUCCCUCUCCCACCCUUAUAUUUGACAGCUCGGUGUUAAAUAUGUGAACAGAUUAAAUUCUGCUGUUGAUAAAAUAAUUUUGCUUUUGGUGAUUCUUUUGUCAAAG